UUACAGAUUGGAGCCGAUGGUAGACGCAGCCAAGUUUAUUUGGCUUUAUCAACUGCCGCUGAAUUCCGGGAUCAUUUAUCAACGUUUAGCGACUACUAUGCUUCAUUGGGUCCUCCAAAUCCAGACAAUGUACCUGAAGAUGGCAAACUUAAAUCAGAAAUGAUGACUAAAGACAAUAGACGAUACUAUUUAGAUCUAAAAGAAAAUGCUCGCGGACGAUUUUUAAGGGUAAGUCACAAAUUAGAUAAAUAUGUCUUCUUUAAUUUUACAUGUUAA